AUGUCUACUACUGCAUCACCCAGCAGCAAGAAGUGCCACAUCAUCAGCAUCCCACCAGAGCUCCGCCUCGAGAUCUACGAGCAUUACUUCAAGGACUUCGAACUCGACUUCAGCAACAGACCCAGUCCCGAGCACGCCGGCAAGUCUGUCUCGCAGUGUCCACUUCUUCACACAUGUGCACUUUUCCGGACCGAGGCUCUAGCUCCUUACAAGAAGUAUCUCGAGGCUUGCAACAAAGCGGCUAAUGUGGCCUUGUUCAGCUUUCGAGAGCAGACCCUUGAACAGGCUCGAGGCGCGGAUCAGGGUGAUAGGGCUAGAUAUGAGCUGGGCUUCAGGGAUGCGUGUGACCGGGUUAACAAGAAGCGGCACGAGUGGAACGCGGCGCACAUGGCGCAUGCGCGAGAGCUGUGCAGGGUCGAUUGGAUUGAUUUCAUGGCUGUCCAGGCGGGUUGGGUGAGGUCGAGGGGGAGUGAAGAGGUGGCGAGCAUGUGA